AGAUUGGGUCGUUGGUGGCUUCGGUUUCGGAUACGUUUUUUUCUCACAGCUGUAGCACGUUUCUUCUAAUAGCCCAACGACCGAUGGCCAUCCGAGGUGCGAUGAUGCACGCUAGCGAUUGGCAUUUGUUUAGCGACCAUGGAGCUGGAGGCAUAGUCAAAUCUAGACAUGAUUUGAUUCGUCGCAUGGACUUGCCUAGACGUGUAUGGAUAUACGUGUCUGGCUCAUCAAACGAACGGAAUAGUUACGCACAAGAUUCCCGGGCCCUCGGUUAUUGCAAAAAGAGAGCUAGCAAUAACGACAAGGUAGAGCAGCUAUUUUUGCCCACUUUAUUGCUCUUCUCCACGCUCUCUUUGGCCGACAAACACACGGACGCUGUCGGCUCGACUCCACAGUCGCCCGUGAUCCUUCAAAUUCCGGAGCUCGCGACCAUGUUGCUGUGUCGUCCGGGAAGGAGGCCCGUCGACGUUGCUCCGAAAAGGCGCUUGCACUUGAGCGGGUUUCGACUACAGACUACGCCUGCUGAUCAGUGGUAUCGUGUGAAUCAUGCAUUAUCAAAGAAGUCGAGGAAAAAAGCCUCGGUUGCUGAUGAUCCUCUCGGCCGUGUUACUGCAAGUAGUUUGGGGUGUGAAGCAGGCGGAGCGACUCCGACUAGGCGGAUAAGCAGCUGUGGGCUUGAUGGGACUUUGUUACGAAAGGAUGCAACUCUUUUUGCUUAUUCCCAGCCAGCUGCUACUGCAGGAUUCUCUUCCUUGGGCCUGGUGCAGAGCGGGUCCAGAGGACCUGUACUGGUGAAGGGUCUGCAUCUGCAUGUGGAGAGGGUGCGUCGAAUCACUAGCUCGCAGCGUAGUGGAUAUGCAGGAGUCGUAUCGGGCAUGGCCAACGUGUUGGGUCCUCUGCCCCCUGUCCAUCCGGCGCCCCCAUCCAUCAUCCAUCCAUUCAUCCAACCAUCCAUCAUCGUCUUUGCUCUCCGCUCCGGCCUCGUCGCACACGCCACCAAGCUGUCAUCGAUUCAGACUCGAAUCGACAAUGACAACGUCACUAGCGCUACAAAAGCCGGCUGUUGCCGUGUGACAGUUCAUCGGCUCGUGGACCCUGCAAUGGAAGGUUACAACGCCUAUCGCAGUCGUCCCUCUCUCAACCUCGUCCUUGUUCGUCAGGCCAACCAAGCACAUGCACGUGGAUAUGUAUUGCUCCUCCGUUAUCACCUCGCCGUUCUGUUCAAGCACGCAGCGCACCAACAAGUCUGUAAUGGCGACGACCCAUCACGUCAUUUCCCAAGACCAAGUCGCGUCUCAUGCCGCAUACAUGAACCUUGUCAGAUCCGCCUGUCCGUGUCUCUUGCCAACCGCCCUGACGCGCUCCGUACCUCCCGUUCCGCCUCGUCAAGACUCCACCAUGGCCGAUGAGGGCGCGGUAUCCAUUG